UUAAAUUUUAGUACCCAGGAAAUGUAAAAAUAAUGGACUCCCAAAUGAGCAUGAAAAAGAUUGAGAAUAGGUGGCACCCAACAUAUCUUUCAAUAAGAUCAUGGAUGGUUUGGUAAUUGUGACAGGAUAAAUCAAGUUCAACCGUCAAACUCUCUAGGAUUUAAGACCAACUACUUCUAAUUACUGAAAACACUCAUUUAAUGCUCCUUCCUUGUAUAUAUUCUCACUGCUUAUCUGCAGAUUUGGUGAAGAAAAACGCCACAUAGUUGACAAUAUAAGGGAAAGGUUGGCAGUGGCAUAUACAAAGGGGAACCCAUUCACUGAGCUGUAAUGAUGGGGCGCAUGUGGUUUCCAUGACUGAUGCUUCGUGAUCAAGAAUUAGAGAGGAUUUGAUCCAACUUAGUCUCUGUUAAAAGAAUUGCGACAAAUAUUUUUCACUUGUAAGCGUCUUUUUGUCGAAGCCAAACUCAACCAGCUGCAGUAGGAUCUGGAUUUGAAAAAAAAGUUUCAGCCAUGGAUGGCUUGGGAUGGGAUGAAUUAAAUUCAUUGCCUGUUUGGAACAGUGAGCCAAAUGAUGUAGAAGACAGUUUCCUAAUUUCCAACUCAAAUUCUUCCGUUUAUGGUGACAAGAUGAAUCUGCCAGAUGAUAUCUUCGUUAAUUCAAUUCAAGAACUCCAAGAUGCUCAGCCAUCCCUUGUGAAUCCAGAUGCAGAUAUAGUAUCUGAAAUGGUUAAUCCACAGCCAGUUCCUGCAUCAGCUUGUGGUAUAACACAAGAAUGGUGCUCUUCUCCAUUGUUGAAUAGCUCAGCCUAUGGUUUGAGCUCAUCAAACGCUUCAGUUUCUGAUAUUGGAAGCAUGGCGGUUCACUCACAAGUCAUCAAUGGUUUACCAAAUGGAAACGCUGUCGUUGGUGGUACAACAACAACAGCAAGCUCUCUUGAGUCCCUUGAAUGCUUGCUCUCAGCUACUAAUAGCAACACUGAUACAUCAGUUGAAGAUGAUGGGCUCUCAAUGAUAUUCUCUGAUUGCAAGAGCUUAUGGAAUUUUGUUGCUACUACCAGUACUACUACUCCAGUCUCAUCCGGAGAGUCCCAGAGUUGUUCGGAUCAAUAUACCAACAAUAUGAAACAAUCGGAAACAAACUCUAGCUCUUCAAAGAGAAGAAAUGAUGAUCAAAGUGAGUUCAAAGUUGGUCUAACUCGUGUUUACUCCAAUAUUUCCGCUGCAACAAGUGGUGGUUUUAGGCUUAUUGAUAAGAACCCACCAAAAUCAAAGCAACCCAGAUUAGAAAAGGCGCUCCCGAGCUCAUCCAACAUAAAUUUUCAACAGCCAAGUUCAUCAGCAUCAUCUUCCAUUGAUGAACCUGACCCAGAGGCCAUUGCACAAAUGAAAGAGAUGAUAUAUCGGGCUGCAGCGUUCAGGCCUGUGAACUUAGGCAUGGAAGUGAUGGAGAAACCAAAAAGGAAGAACGUGAGAAUCUCAACGGAUCCACAAACAGUGGCUGCAAGGCAAAGGAGGGAAAGGAUAAGUGAGAGAAUUAGGGUUUUGCAGAGGUUGGUCCCUGGUGGGAACAAGAUGGAUACGGCAUCAAUGCUUGAUGAAGCUGCAAAUUACCUAAAGUUCCUCAGGUCCCAAGUCAAGGCACUAGAGAACCUAGGCCACCCAAUGACUGCUUUCAAUCCUUUACCAAUCAACCAGGCUCUCCCCAUGCAAACACAUAAUUUUCUACUCUUAAACCAUAAUUAUAUCCGCCACUCAAUAGACUUCAAAAAACACUACCCAUGAAAAAGUUCAUCAUCUUUUCAUAUUUCAUCACUACUGAUUAACAUGCAAAAGAAAAGUAGUCUGACAACAGGUAUUACCGUAUCAGAAACUAAUUCCAAAUCCCUUGAUAAUCUUUUUCAUUAUUACAUCUGUAAUCUAGAGUUAGAAACUCUUCCUUUUUCUUGACAACUUUUUUUAUAUGAAAAAGGGUUAGUAAUUAUUGCACUUAUGAUUAAGGUCAAGGACCAGAAAGUAGUGAUCCUUUUACUCUUUGCUUAAUGUAUUCUCUGCACUUAAAAGCUUUCUUUUUGUUGGAGCUUUUUAAAUGGUAGUGGGUUUUUCAAUGUGCACUUUAUCUAGGUAAUAAAACCAAGAAACAUUCUCUAAAA